AUGUCGUACGGUCAUAUCUUCAAGGAUACAACGGGGCAGUACCUCUUCAUCCGCGAGCUUGGAACGGGCGUCUCCUGUCGAGCUCAAUUAGUCCGUCACUUGCCGACAGGCGAAUAUCGAGUCCGCAAAGUCCUCCAUCGACGUGUGCCGAUUGGCGAAGAUCUCCCUCGCAACAUCAGAUACACGGUAGACGCAGAUAUCCAAGCCAUUAUCCAAUUCAACAACGAGACUGCCAUCGUUGAUCUUCUCCAAAAGAGCGGCGAGCGAGACCAACUCAAAAUCGCCGCGCUCUAUUCACACUCAACCCAUGCCGACGAAAAGAAAAAAAAGUACUCGCGAGUGUCGUACUGGUCUCUCUCCAACGGUGGCGACCUCGAUUCCUUCCUUGCAGACUAUCAGCACCACAUUCCGCGGCCUUUCAUUCUUCAGUUUCUUAGCCAGAUGCUCACCACCCUCCAGCACAUGUACACCGCCUGUCACGACCGUCUCGGCCCCAUGGUUCACAACGACUUUCACGCAGGUAACAUCCUUCUUCACUAUCCCAGCGAUGCUCGAAGCCCCAUCCCCGAAUUCCACCUCAUCGACUUCGGCCUUGCAACCCCGUUAUCUCUGGCAUCCAUUGCCGAUGACAAUGACUUCCUGCUUCCGGAACCUGGCAACCCACCUGUCUGGGAUAUUCCUCGCCUGUUGAGAGUUGUUGACAAGUUACUUGUCACUUGGCCCGAAGAGUACCGAGCUUUCCUUCACUCGGGAGGAGAUCCGAUAGGUAUUGCCUACAGGCUGCUCUUGGACCUGGACCGUCGGUUCCAGUAUAUACUACAAGAGCACCGAAGAUAUGUCUACGAGACGAAGGACUUUUCGCAACGACUAACCCUCCCCGACCUGCGACCUGUCAUCGAGUAUGUCAACAACUGUCGAGCGAUUCUAGACUCCGACGGGGUAGAGACAAGAGACCAUCCUCUCUGCAGCCAAACAUACAUGAGAAUAUCUGAUGCCAAGCUCGCAGCACCACAGACCUACAGCGAACUGGAGACAAUCGCCCAUACCAAAGACUUGCCUGGACCAUGGCACAUUGGUUAUCUUGACCCAGAGCGAAACUAUCAAGUGCUUGAUCUUCUGGCUGUCGGCAACAAAGACACUUUCCACCGUCCAAAUGAAGACAACGAGAACAGUGACACUGACUCAGCGUGGGGAGAUGAGUAG